GUCAUAGUGACGCCAAGACAGCUGAAGUUGGUGUCUGUUAGACACUAGCUGCUAACAUGCAGUACACCGGGAGCCAAUAUUUCGGGGAAUACAUAAACGGGAGGAUGGAGGGCAGUGCUGAGUACAUCCUCCCUACUGACACGAGAUACAUCGGGGAGAUGAAGGACGGCAUGUUCCACGGAGAAGGAACCCUGUUCUUCCCCAGUGGGAGCCGAUUCGACGCCAUCUGGAGGAAGGGAUUGGUGGUGAAGGGCAAGUAUACCUUCAAUGAUGGGCUGCAGUAUGAGGACAAACACUGGCACUACUGUGACAGCUAUGACCGGAGGUUCUACACUGAGAUCUGCUAUGGCCUGAAGCCCUCAGGUAUCUCUCAGCUCACCAACAUGGACCCACCCAGAAGAAUUCCCCUGGGCUACUAUGACUGUGGAGAUGGCUUCUAUAACCCCACGACCAGGGUCAUCAAGGAUUACCGGAACCGCUUUCUGAGAAAUGCCGAUGAUGACGAACAUGAGUGGAUCAUCAGGACCUGUCGCAAGGGCUGGUUGCCAAUGCCCACACAGAAGUCCUAGCCGUGAGCACAUCUGCCUCAGCAUCUCGCCAGGGACUUCCUUCUGCCCACUGCUGGCCUGGGAACCUGGCUGUAGUCCUAGCUUCGACUUGGGUUUCAGAAUAAAGGUUUUCUGCACUGAACAGCCCCAAA